UAUUAACGAUUAUUUAAAUUUAAAAUUGAAUGAUUUGCCUGUAAAAUAUAGUUUAUAUAUUAAAGCUAAUUUAAAUACUUUAAAAUGUAUUAUUAAAUCUGAUCAAGAUAUUGAUUUUACAAAAAAUGAUUCAAUUGGAGAUUUAUUAGGUUUUGAUAAAGAAGUUUUGACUAAAGAUAAACAAUAUCAUUCGAAAAAGCCUGUGGAUAUUAUGAAGGUAAAUUCAAUUAAAGUACUAUGCAAUAUAGUUAGUGGAUCUUAUGAAAAUUCAAAAAUUUCACAUAUAAUACAUCAAUUUUAUCCGUCUGUUCCAGCAGGAUUUAAAAUUAUAGAGUCACCACAAAAUGUUAUUUAUUUACCAAUUAAUACAAAUUUUAUAACUAAUAUAACCUUUAAAAUAGUAGAUCAAGAUGGAAAUACGCUUAAUUUUAGAGGUGAGACCAUCACGUUAAGAGCUCAUUUAAAACCUCUACUAAACAAUGGUUUUUAAAUAUAAUAAAUCCGCAACUAACGUUAAUUUUAGUGUUGAACCAAUUGCUAAACGGUUAACAACAACAACAAAAAAUCAAUUAACGCCAGCAAAUAUUGAAUACCUUAAAUCUUUAGGAUUUAAAAUUAAAAAAACACAACUAUGAGUAUAUUAAAUGUUACUGACAGGGCGUUUUUCGAUUAUUCACUAGUAAACGUUGAAAAGCAUUCAUAUUUACCAUAUGUAUCUAAUUCUUUUAAUAACAAUGAUGAAAUUAGAAUCCCAAUUAACCAAUCUGAUUUGUUUACUCAUCCAAGCGAAAGUUUUAUAUACAUUGAGGGUAAGUUAUUAAAAGCAGAUGGAACUGUGUCCAAUACAGCUAAAUUAGUUAAUAACUUUUUUGGACAUUUAUUUGAAGAAAUACGUUUAGAGAUUGGUGGUAAAGUAGUGGACCGUGUAAAAAAUCCUGGGACAACUACUACCAUAAAAGGUUUGGUUUCUUUUAAUAAAAACGAGUUAGAUCGUUUAAAAAAUGCUGGGUGGAAUAUUAAUGAUUCAGAUUCUCUUUAUGAAGUUCAUAAAAAUUCAGGAUGUUUUAAUGUAUGCGUACCGUUAAAAACAUUAUUUGGUUUUGCAGAAGACUUUAAAAAAAUUAUUAUAAAUUUAAGGCAAGAAUUAACAUUAAUCCGAAGUAAUUCUGAUCAAAAUGCAAUUUAUAACACAUUAAAUACCGAAACAAACAAAAUUGUAAUAGAUAAAAUAGUUUGGAAAAUGCCUCAUAUUGUUGUGUCCGAUGAGGAAAAAUUAAAAUUAUUUAAUUUAUAUGAAACCGGUAAAGAAUUAGAAAUAGGAUUUCGAAGCUGGGAAAUGUAUGAAUAUCCUUUAUUACAAAAAACUCAAAACCAUAAUUGGAGUGUUAAAUCAGCAACGCAGCUCGAAAAACCUCGUUACGUUAUUGUUGCUUUUCAGACAGAUCGUAAAAAUGAUUUUUAUAAAAACAAUGGUUAUUUCGAUCACUGCAAUUUAAAAAACAUAAAAUUGUUUUUAAACUCUGAAAUCUACCCCUAUGAUAAUUUAAAUUUAAAUUUUGAUAAAAAUCAAUAUGCUUUAUUGUAUGAAAUGUAUUCAAACUUUCAACAAUCAUAUUUUGAAAAAGAAAACGAACCUCUUUUAUCACCUGAACAAUUUUUAAAAAUAGCUCCUAUUGCUGUAAUUGAUUGCUCUAGACAAAAUGAUGUUUUAAAUUCUGGAACAGUUGAUAUUCGAUUAGAGUGGGAAACAAGUACAGAUAUUCCUGAUAAAACUUCUGCUUACUGCAUUAUUUUACAUGACCGCAUCAUACGUUACGUUCCCCUAACAGGAAUAAUAAAUUCAUUAUAA